AUGAUCUCUCACUCUACCUUGACGUCGUCGACGGCUUCUUCAUCCGUGUCAUCGUCGAAGGUUCGAUCAUCAAAAGUGAUUUGCCAAGAACGGCUGUGUUGUCCGCAGGAUCGGACCCAGGCCAGCUUCAGGUGCGACAAAUGCGGCACUUUCCAGUGUCGACAUUGCGAAAGAAAAAUACACCGAGACUCCAAGUUCUUGUGUCACGAAAGACGAUUGCUAGUGCCCCCACCGUCGUCGAAACUCUGCGGUAAUACAUCCUGUCCGGGUCAGAAUUACGCCGAUGUCCACUGCGACGACUGUAAAUUGAAUUUAUGCAACCAGUGCAACGAAACGUUACACCGAACCCUUAACAUCAACAAUCUGUCUUCUCUUUCAUCUAAUAAUAACAAUAUCAGCAACAUUUCUGGUCCUUCUGUCGGCAGCAAUUCGAAUAGAAGACUUGGGGCUGGCGGCCCUCAAGUACAACAGCACAAACGGAUAAGAUUUCGUGAUUACGAACGAAGACUACAACAACAACAGCAACAGCUCCAAGUACUAUCCUUAACAACUCUGGACCAAAGCCCUAACAAAACAAAACAAGACAUUACCGGGGAACUCCCACAACAUUCUGGAUCGUCACAACCAGCUACAUUACUCUUAAAACCGCAGACAACAACAAUUACGGGCCCUUCCAGUCGUUGUUCUGGAAAUAUUAAAAGACCAUCACAUCAGGUGAUCAAACCAUUGUCUCCUCUUGGUGAUAAUGAUGAUUCUUUGACUUACGUUAGUCUUCCUCAAGAAUCUUUAUCGUUUCAAACAGCUCACGAAGCAGGUCCAGAAGAUCCGAUGACAAACAACCCAGAAAUGUCCUUUUCCAGUGCCCAUUCCGAUUCUAGUAUCCACAGCAUCCCAGACGUUUGUCUUACUGAAUUAGGGGGUGACCCCAACAAGUUGGGCCUCAAUUCGGACAACCACAAGAAAAUAGUCGACCCACAAGAAUCAACUUGCUUUAAAUUGGUCGACGAGGACGAGAAUUUGUUGGUUGAUCAUGAGGAGGACCUAUUAAAGAAACUUGGAUGCAGCAGCAGCAGCAGCAACUCUCUAGUGAAAGUAGUUUCCAUUUUUGGUAAUACGGGCGAUGGCAAAUCACACACUCUCAAUCACACCUUCUUCAAUGGCAAGGAAGUGUUCCCAACAUCUACCUCCCAGGACUCUUGUACCAUUGGCAUUUGGGCAGCUUAUGACCAAAACAACAAGGCUAUCAUCAUUGACACUGAGGGUAUGCUUGGGGUGACUAAGAAUCAGAACCAAAGGACCCGCCUACUGCUUAAAGUCCUCGCUGUCUCUGAUAUUGUCAUCUAUCGCACCAGAGCUGAAAGGUUGCACAAUGAUCUCUUUUAUUUCUUGGGUGAUGCCUCCAAUGCCUACGUUAAACAUUUCUCUGAGGAACUGAAGGCUGCCAAUAAAAGGUGCAACUUAAAUCUUUCUCUUUCCACAAUGGGGCCCAUUGUUAUCAUCUUCCAUGAGACAAUGCAUACAAAGGUGCUUCAUACAGAUGGGGAUCCCGUUGAAAUUGCCUUGCGAGAACGCUUCAAGAAGCUUGAAUGUAGUUUUGAAGGAUUCAGUGACCUAAAAUAUGUUGGGGUUCAAACUCAACUGCCCCCGACUGACUUCAGAGUUUUACGCAAAGUUGUUCAGGAGCAGUUGAAUAACCGAUCUAUACGUUCACCCCGAAAACCAGAGAUUAUUUUCAAAGUCCUGAAGGUUUUGAAUGGUAAAUUUAGUGGUAAAAUUGAGAAACCAGAUGCCAUCACAUUCCCAGACCAAUAUUUUACCUGUACUGCUAAGUGUCUGUCUUGCAAUGCCAGAUGCAUCCGAAGUAUGAAUCAUCACAUUGAUCAUAUUCAACAUGAACCUGAAAAAGGCAAGAACUGUCAAUUCCAGCACCAGUAUGAAAACAAAGUCUACCUAUGUAAACAAUGUUAUUUUAAAAGUGGUAAAAAUAUUAUUGUUGUUCCUAAAACUUCUGCUUCAUCAGACAGCACUUGGUUGGGAUUUGCCAAAUAUGUCUGGUCUGGAUAUGUGCUUGAAUGUCCAAACUGUGGCAUUAUCUAUCGAAGCCAUGAAUACUGGUAUGGGAAUCAAGAUAUUGAACAAGUUGUGCAAGUAAUGGUCAGUCACAUCUGGCCUGGGGACCAACAUAAUCUUCAGGGAAGUCAUAAUGCUGCACGUAAACUACUUGACAGUCUUCAUUACGUUGCUGACACGGUGACCAGUGUUGGAGCCAAGCCUACCAAAGUCCUAGCUGACUGGAUGACUGAUCAAAUUGCCCCCAGUUAUUGGAUACCAAAUGCUCUUAUUGCCCAUUGCACAAACUGUGAAAAAUUAUUUGAAGGCAAUGAACAGAAACACCAUUGUCGUGCCUGUGGUCAGGGCUUCUGUGAUUCCUGUUCUAGCAACAAGGAUCCAGUUCCUGAACGUGGAUGGGGUGAUACUUUGGUUAGAACCUGUGAUAAAUGUCAUGGAGCAAGAAGCAAAGCAACAACAGGCCCUGUGACUCCCACAAGUACAACCCAAUCCACUCCUGUGACUGCUCGGAAAGUUGGGGAGGUGCUGGGCAGCACAAUUGGAGCCAUGGCAUCUAUUGUUGAUUAUCCCUUGGGUAUCAUUAAGGACAGUGUCCGACCUGCUUAUUGGAUUCCCGAUGAAAAUGUCACAAACUGUGCUGUUUGCAAUGUUGAAUUUUGCCCCAAGAUCUCGAAGCAUCAUUGCCGGGAUUGUGGCAAAGUUGUCUGUGACAAGUGCUCUACUGGAAAGCGGACUGUCCCUCUUCGAGGCUGGGACUAUCCAGUCAGGGUGUGCGACACUUGUAAUGACAAUAACACUCAUCCUGCAUCAUUAUGA